AUGCAUUUAGAUGUGAAAUAUGCAUUUCUGAAUGGUCCAUUACAAGAAGAGGUAUACGUGUCACAACCCCCUGGAUUUGUGAAAAAGAAUCAGGAAGGAAUGAUGUACAGGAAAUAUGAUAUAUUUCUAGGGAUGAAGAUUCUAGACUCUGAGAAGGGUAUCAUUUUGCAUCACCUGAAGUAUGAUGUUGAGCUUCUGAAGAAAUUUGACUUGCUGAAUUGUAAGGUCGUGGUCACACCUACAGAAACAAAUCACAAAUUGGAUUCUGAUCCUAAAGGUGAUGAUGUAGAUGCUACAACUUUCAAGCAGUUAGUUGGAUCUCCAAGAUAUUUGUGUAAAAUCAGACUUGAUAUUUGCUAUGUAGUUGGAAUGGAUCUGAUCAAGAUAAGCAAGCCUAUGAAGUUGUUGAUUGAUAACAAGUCUGAAAUCAGUUUUGCCAAGAACCCAGUGUUCCAUGGGAGAAGAAAGCAUAUUGAGACUAAGUAUCACUUUCUGAGAAGUCAGGUUCAUAAUGGAGUGCUAGAAGCUAUACACUAUAGCACCCAGAAACAGUUGGUAGAUGUUCUGAUGAAAGCGAUCAAGACUGAUCAAUUUAUCCAUUUAAGGGAUGAAACUGGUGUUUUUAGUUUUGAUUAG